CAGCAGGAAGAGGUUUAUUUACUAGCGCUCGAACGGUUCCCCAAAAAGAACCUUGUGUGGGGUAGGAUCGGGAGUGCACAUAUAUAUAGCAGCUUAAAAGAACAGGAUAUCUGUUGUAGCCUUGUCUGUUUCAACAGUUGUGGCCUUGGGGAGGACGUCUUACAGUUUUUCCAGGUUAUCUGUCUCGACUGUGGCUUUGCAGUUUUUCCCAGGAUAUCUGUCUUAACUGCGGCCUUGCAGUUUUUCAGGAACUGUUCAUUUGGACAUAGUGCAACCCCCCUUUCCCUUCACAAGGAUUUCAGACAAGCCCCUCCUAGACAGCCGGACCUGGGUUUUCAGCGGGAACAAAGGGAAACUCUAGAAGAGGAAACACCCCUUUCGAGCACGGAUCAGCAAUUCGAUAAAUCAAAGGGAUUAAUUAAAUUACUAGUCCCCGGCCUUAGAUUCUGAGAUGGGAUCCUCCCUCCCAGAAUAACGUCCCUGCCACAAGGAGACCCUUUAAAAGAAUUACGUCAUUUCCUCCCGGCCUGACCUGGGGCCUCCAGAAGGGUCUCUUGCUCCACUACCAACUCCCAAGAUUCCACACCAACCCGUGCGCUCCAGUUCGGCCCCGGGUCCUGACUGCGGGGAAGGAAGUGUCUAGUGGGCCGUUCCAUUCCGGAGAAACCAUUGAUUGUGCGAGCAAAACGAAGGAUAGAGGCAGCCACAAGGCGUGUUAGAGGAAAGGGACCACCACCACCGAUCUAACUAUUACAAUAAAUUAAGCAGAAUACUCCUUAUUGAGGUAUUGAACCUUCCUGUCCCGCCCAAAAUUCCUUUUUCACUUUGGAAUCGUCCAUUUCUUUGCCUGGUCAGUAGACAAGUCUAAAGUGUCUCACGCGAAGGGGUGUGUUACAAUUAUAACCUGGUGAAUUUUUCCUUUUGAAGCUAAUAGACCACUACAUAAUACUAUUAUUGAGUUUUGUAUUUCCUCUGUGAUUGGUUAGUCGGUUACAUUUCCUUUUCUUUGAGUUAUUUCAAGAAAGCAACUUCUGCCUCUCCUUUUCAGUCCCUCAAAUGGUUCAGGCUAUUACCGUAGCGCCUAACGGGAGACGUGCGAGAAUGACUGCCAUUUUGGACUAAACCAAAUUAGUUACAAAAAGGGGGGAUUCAAUAUUGGAAAUUAUUUGACAUAGAGGAUUAAGUGACAUCAAGGACGGGAAGCCCGCCACUUGUGUCCUUAAUGGAGAUAUUUGAGAAAUCUCCCAAGUAGGUUUUGGUGGCUCUGAGGUCUCCCAUGCAAGUGGUGGCACACUAGGGCGUGGGACCUUCCCCUCACCGUCGGUCCAUUGGUACGGUCCUUCCUCCUGGUCGGGCGCACAUGGCCUGGUAGUAGGAGCCGGCGGGCCCCGCGGAGGCACCUGGGAGAGUUGGAAGCUUGGCGGCAGCGGAACCGGGGGAGCAACGAGAGCUGAGCGGUGGUGCCCAGGCCCAUGCAGGACGCAGAGAACGUGGCGGUGCCCGAAGCGGCCGAGCAGCGGGCUGAGCCGGAGCAGCAGGCCGCCGAGGAGGAACCGGAGCGGCCUGCUGGGCCCGGGGCCCAGGAAGCGGCGGCGGCCGCCGCUGCUGUGCUUGUGCCGGAGGUGAAGGGAGAAAAGGGAGACACCACAGUGUCUGUAGUCAAGCCGGGGUCUGAGCCCGAGGCAAUCGUUAAGCUUCUCGCCGAAGAGAAGGCCGUGGUUGAACCGGCUUCGGCCGAACCGCCGCCACUGGUAUCACCGCCUCCGGGCGAGUCUCAGCCGCCACCGACCGAUAAGGUUCCGGAGCCCAAGGCUGAACCCCCGGCAGCUAAGGAGGAGAAACGGGAGGAGAAGGAAAAGGCAGAGGAAGGAGUAGGGAAGGAGGAAGAGGAAAAAGAGGAGGAGGAGAAAGGGGGCGAGAAGGAAGACGAAAAUAAGGAGGCUGAGGCCGAGCAGAGGCGCCUGGAGAAUAGCAACGAAGAGGACGAGAUCUCCUUCAGUGAUCCCGAGGGCUUCGUGGACGACAUUAGUGAGGACGAAUUGCUGGGAGAUGUACUCAAAGAUAGACCACAGGAAGCUGAUGGAAUUGAUUCUGUGAUAGUGGUGGACAAUGUUCCUCAGGUAGGACCUGACCGUCUUGAGAAACUAAAGAAUGUCAUCCACAAGAUCUUCUCCAAAUUUGGGAAAAUAACCAAUGAUUAUUACCCAGAAGAAGAUGGAAAGACUAAAGGUUACAUUUUCCUAGAGUAUGUCUCCCCCGCUCAUGCCCUGGAUGCUGUUAAAAAUGCUGAUGGCUACAAGCUUGACAAACAGCACACAUUCAGAGUAAACCUUUUCACUGACUUUGACAAGUAUAUGACAAUCAGUGAUGAGUGGGACAUUCCAGAGAAGCAGCCUUUCAAAGAUUUGGGAAAUCUACGCUAUUGGCUGGAGGAGGCUGAAUGCAGAGAUCAGUAUAGUGUCAUCUUUGAAUCCGGGGACCGUACAUCCAUAUUCUGGAAUGAUGUGAAGGAUCCAGUCUCCAUUGAAGAAAGAGCGAGAUGGACAGAAACCUAUGUGCGCUGGUCCCCAAAGGGCACUUACUUGGCUACCUUCCAUCAAAGAGGAAUUGCUUUAUGGGGGGGAGAAAAAUUCAAACAAAUUCAGCGAUUCAGCCACCAGGGGGUGCAACUUAUUGACUUCUCACCUUGUGAAAGGUAUCUCGUGACUUUCAGUCCUCUAAUGGACACACAGGAUGACCCUCAGGCCAUAAUUAUAUGGGACAUCCUCACUGGACAGAAGAAACGAGGAUUUCAUUGUGAAAGCUCUGCCCAUUGGCCCAUUUUUAAGUGGAGUCAUGAUGGCAAAUUUUUUGCCCGAAUGACGAUGGAUACUCUCAGCAUCUAUGAGACUCCAUCUAUGGGCCUUUUGGAUAAGAAGAGUUUGAAAAUCCCUGGAAUAAAAGACUUUUCUUGGUCACCUGGUGGUAACAUAAUCGCUUUUUGGGUGCCAGAAGAUAAGGACAUUCCUGCCAGAGUGACCUUGAUGCAACUCCCCAGCAGACAAGAAAUCAGAGUUAGAAAUCUGUUUAAUGUUGUUGACUGUAAACUACAUUGGCAAAAGAAUGGAGAUUACUUGUGUGUCAAAGUAGAUAGAACUCCAAAAGGUACCCAGGGUGUGGUCACCAACUUUGAAAUCUUCCGAAUGAGAGAAAAGCAGGUGCCUGUUGAUGUAGUAGAAAUGAAAGAAAGCAUAAUUGCCUUUGCUUGGGAACCAAAUGGAAGUAAGUUUGCUGUCCUACAUGGUGAGGCUCCUCGAAUAUCAGUUUCCUUCUAUCAUGUGAAAAACAAUGGAAAGAUUGAACUUAUCAAAAUGUUUGAUAAACAGCAGGCAAACACAAUCUUUUGGAGUCCCCAAGGACAAUUUGUUGUUCUAGCUGGUCUAAGGAGCAUGAAUGGUGCCCUGGCAUUUGUUGAUACAUCAGAUUGUACCAUGAUGAAUAUUGCAGAACACUAUAUGGCUUCUGAUGUUGAGUGGGACCCUACAGGCCGUUAUGUUGUAACUUCUGUGUCCUGGUGGAGCCACAAGGUAGAUAAUGCCUACUGGCUAUGGACUUUCCAAGGACGUCUCCUUCAAAAGAAUAACAAGGAUCGUUUCUGCCAGUUAUUGUGGAGGCCUCGGCCCCCAACUCUGCUCAGCCAGGAUCAGAUAAAGCAAAUUAAAAAGGAUCUGAAGAGAUACUCCAAGAUUUUUGAACAAAAGGAUCGUUUGAGCCAAUCCAAAGCCUCAAAGGAAUUGGUAGAGAGGAGACGUACAAUGAUGGAAGAUUUUAGAAAAUACCGGAAAAUGGCCCAAGAGCUUUAUAUGGAGCAGAAAAAUGAGCGUCUGGAAUUACGAGGAGGGGUAGACACUGAUGAACUAGAUAGCAAUGUAGAUGAUUGGGAAGAAGAGACAAUUGAAUUUUUUGUCACUGAAGAAAUCAUUCCCCUUGGAAAUCAGGAGUAGUCUGAUAGGAUCCUGCAUUGCCAUAUCUCGUGCCAGGAGUGGAGUUCAUCCUUUUGCCGAAAGCCUACACAGCUCUUGAGUUAUUUGUGUUUUCUCUUGCUCUCUGGACAGUGGAUACACCUGGAUCCUUCCAUUCUGACACAUUUUGUGCCUUUAAACCCCGGUGUCUGCAUUGUGGGAGGUUUUUUGGCACGGCUUUUAAAUUUUUACUUUGGGGGAUUUUUAAAAAAAUCCAAGACUUUUAUGCAGGGCUACUGGCAGGUAACUUUUGAUUACUGCUUUCAGUAGCAUUUCGUAAGUGUAUCAUCCCCACAGUCACACAAUGUUGCCAUUCAAGGACUCUCUCUAUGUCCCAAGUGCAUGGACUGGUGUUUUUUUUGUCCUGGAAAAAAUCUGCAGGAAAACAGUGUAUCAUUCAUGUUUUAGUGUGCAGAAGAAGCACUACAGCGGGCUGUAUCCUCCACCCUUCAGAUUGUGAUAGGGUUUCUCAACAGGUUGAACAUGGAAAUAAAAAGCAGACCUAUGUUAAAAA